AGAUGGCGGUCAUGAAAGGGUUUCUUGUUUUCAUACUAGUCUUCCUACCAGCUUGUUUCAACAAGCCGUUCAACACUAGCAGAACCCUCGACCCUGAAAAAGCAAACGAGAUAAAGAAGGAAAAACUUUUUUUGGAAGAUCACUUAAAAGGCGUGAAACUUGAACGAGAUGGCCAUGUUAACAAAGAUUACCAUCACGAAGCUUUCCUCGGGAAAAUGGUAGAGAAUGGCACUUUGUUGUUCGACAAUAUGGAUGGUUACAGGCGGCUUAUCGACCUCUUCCAUCAAGUGGACAAGGACGGGGAUCAUUUGAUUAGCAGGCCUGAAAUGAUAGAGUGGAUUCACGGGAAAAUCAAAGAGCACGUUCAGGAAGCUCGCGAAAACAAUAGGCGAAAGUUUAAGGAAGCGGACAAAAACGGAGACAGCGUUGUUACGUGGAAUGAAUUUCAAGAGAAGCUAAAAGAACUUAAUGCCACUCGGAAGAUCGAGGUUGAAAAAGAAUUAGAUGAUGUUGGUGAACCUCAGGACCCAAUAGUUGAGUACCAUGACAAAUUCAGAAGAGGGGACUUGAACAUGGAUGACAAGCUGGAUGAAACAGAGUUCCUUUACUUUGAGCACCCUGAACACAAUCCACAGAGUAUAAAAGAUUUGGUAGAAGACAUGAUACAAAAUUUUGACAAAAACCAAGACAAGGUCCUGACCAAAGAGGAAUUUGCACAACUGCCACCAGGAGAGGUGGAUACACAGCAAGAUGCUGACCUUGAUGAAGACUACCGUAAGGAACGCGAAGAUGAAUUCGUUGCUAUGGAUGAAGAUGGAGACGGUGUAGUUACCGUAGAUGAACUGACCAAAUACCUGGAUCCCACUCACAAACAGCGGGCCAUCAACGAAGGCAAUUAUUUGGUGUCAAUGGCAGACAGAAAUCGCGACGAUCAGCUAUCAGAGAAGGAAGUACUUAUGAAUUACCAACUUUUCACUGGGAGUACAAUGGCUAAUUACGCUGGCUAUUUACACGAUGAGUUUUAAGAGUAUUCCUUUUGAUUCUUUGCCUGAUAUAACCUGGCGUAAGAAGCGAAAGAACUGGGGGAGAAAAGACAUGCAUUCUCAGUUGGAUGUUAAAAAGAGAACAAGACAAAACAGACUUACAUUUUUUAACUUUUAUAGAUCUAUUUAGUAUAUUAGGGAUAGAAAUUAUUCCAUCAG